CUGGGGGAGAGGGGAUAGGCUUGGAGAGGAGAGGGUUAAAGGUGGGGCCAGCCCUACAAACACGCGCACACACUUCUUACUCAGACCCGGUCACACGCGUUUCCCUGGCACUUAAUGCGGGGCGGUGUUGGGGCCUGGGCCCGAGUCCUCUCCACCCAAGGCUUUUGCUGCCGGGCUUUGGGAGGUCGCGGACCCCACUGCCGCAACUCACACCUCAGGAGCCCCCUCUCUUACGCGCACACAUGCUCCGGCGCGCGCGCACACCUCGGACAUUCCCAUAGUGCCUCACGUGACACACGGCCCCGAACGUGCCCACCCUUCACACACGCUCACGCACGCGUGCACACACGCACACACGCACACACAAACACUCACGGCCUCCCGGUCACUUCCCCCUCCAUCCGACCCCCGCCUGCAUACCCGCUUAAGGCGCUCAUUGACUAUGACACACCUACACUCAUUCACAGACACACACACUCCCCCCACACAUGCCAGCCACAGACACACAUUCAUAAACAGGGCCAGGAGAAGUACACACGCACCCCCUCGCCUACUCUUUCGGGAGCCCUGAGUCAUUCCUGCCCCCUCCCAGGGCUCCCCACUUCCCUGUGUGCUGGCACACAGGCCGGGCUUAGGAAUUCUUUGUCUGCCCUCUUCACCUGAGCCUGGCGGCCCUCUCCCAGAGCCCCCUCCCCUUCUGUGUUCCCUCAGACACUCAGCCGAGGACUUCCUGUGGGUUCCAGGUCUGGGGUGAGGAGGGCCUGGAGGGUUGCCACAAACCCAGUGUGAGUUGGGGAGGCGCUUCCUUUUCCUGAACUCUGGGAUCCUACAGGAGGAAGCUGGGAAGUUGGGCGGGGGCCCAGCAGAGGAUGUGCUGACAGUGGUGGGGCUGACCCUCCCAGAAGCACUGGGCCUUCCUUAGGGAGGAGCCAGGGGUGCCGGAGGCCAGGCAUGAGGAGCUUGUCAGAGAGGAGGCCCAGGGCGGGCCGUGGCCCAGGCCCUUGCCAUGGAGUCCAUGUUUGAGGAUGACAUCAGCAUCCUGACCCAGGAGGCCCUGGGGCCCAGUGAGGUGUGGCUGGAUGCCCCUGGAGACCCCUCGCUGGGGGAGGACAUGUGCUCUGCCUCCCACUUUGCCCUGAUCACGGCCUAUGGAGACAUCAAGGAGAGGCUGGGGGGCCUGGAGAGGGAGAAUGCCACCCUCCGCCGCCGCCUCAAAGUCUACGAGAUUAAGUACCCACUGAUCAGUGACUUUGGGGAGGAGCAUGGUUUCUCUCUAUAUGAAAUCAAGGAUGGUUCCCUGCUGGAGGUGGAGAAAGUCAGCUUGCAGCAACGGCUCAACCAGUUCCAGCAUGAGUUGCAGAAAAACAAGGAGCAGGAAGAACAGCUUGGGGAGAUGAUCCAGGCUUAUGAGAAGCUCUGCGUGGAGAAGAGUGACCUGGAGACGGAACUGGGAGAGAUGCGGGCCCUGGUGGAGACCCACCUGCGGCAGAUCUGUGGUUUGGAGCAGCAGCUGCGGCAGCAGCAAGGCCUCCGGGAUGUAGACUUCCCCAGCCUGAGCCCCCCACCUGCCCCUGCCCCGCCCUGUGCUGAUCUGGACCUUCACUACUUGGCUCUUAGAGGGGGAUCCGGCUUGAGUCACGCAGGCUGGCCAGGCGCCACGCCGAGUAUGAGUGAACUGGAGCGGCGGCGGCUGGAAGAGGCCCUGGAGGCUGCCCAGGGAGAGGCCCGAGGGGCUCAGCUUCGGGAGGAGCAGCUCCAGGCCGAGUGUGAGCGGCUGCAGGGGGAGCUGAAGCAGCUGCAGGAGACCCGGGCCCAGGAUCUAGCCUCCAACCAGUCGGAGCGGGACAUGGCGUGGGUGAAAAGAGUUGGGGAUGAUCAGGUGAACUUGGCGCUGGCUUACACGGAGCUGACAGAGGAGCUUGGCCGGCUUCGGGAGCUGAGUUCCCUGCAGGGGAGGAUCCUGAGGACGCUGCUGCAGGAGCAGGCCAGGAGUGGCGGUGAGAGGACCCAGAGGGCGGAGGGCAGCCGUGGCCACUCUCCACUUCCUUCCCCGGUGUCCCGGCCUGUUCCACUUGGGAGGAGAGUGGGUGGGCACUGGUCCCUGGCAAGGCCCGGGCUCCCCAGUCCUGACGUCCUCUCUCUCCAUCACUCUCACCUGACCUGUUCUGCUUCUCUUCUAGGCCAGAGGCACUCGCCGCUGUCGCAGCGCCACUCCCCGGCCCCCCAGUGCCCCUCGCACUCCCAGGAGAGGACGCUGGCCGAGCGAGGCUACGCCAAGCCGCCCAGCCACCACGUGAAGGCCGGCUUCCAGGGCCGGCGCAGCUACUCAGAGAUGGCGGAGGGCGCGGGCUACGCGGGCGCCUCCCCGGCCUGGCUGCAGGCCGAGGCGGCCACGCUGCCCAAGCCGCGGGCCUACGGCGGCGAGCUCUACGGCCCCGGCCGGCCCCUCAGUCCGCGGCGCGCCUUCGAGGGCAUCCGCCUGCGCUUCGAGAAGCAGCCGUCGGAGGAGGAGGAGUGGGCCGUGCCCGCCAGUCCGCCCAGUCCGGAGGCCGGCGCCAUCCGCUGCGCCUCGUUCUGCGCGGGCUUCCCGGUCCCCGAGUCGCCCGCCGCCACCGCCUACGCCCACGCCGAGCACGCGCAGUCCUGGCCGUCCAUUAACCUGCUGAUGGAGACAGUGGGCUCUGAUAUCCGCAGUUGCCCCCUCUGCCAGCUGGGUUUCCCAAUCGGGUACCCAGAUGAUGCCCUCAUCAAACACAUUGACUCCCACCUGGAGAACAGCAAGAUCUAGGGUGCCUCCCCCCACCCACUGGCAGUUUCUCCACCUUCUCCCAUCACCCCCAAACACACUCACUUUGAAUGCUGCAUGAAUCUCGUAGGGGGCCCCUGCCCCUUGCGACCCCCAGAUACCUCCACUAGCUACUGAGUCAACGUGUGUGCCGUCUCCCCUGGUCCAGGCACCACUCAGCCCUGGCUCUUCCCGGGAGGUCAGCCGAGGCUCUCCCCAGCUCCCUGGCUUCUGCUGGGGAGGUGGGAUGGGCUGGGAUGGGGAGGGGCAGAUCCUACCCAGCCUCUCCUUCUGCCUUUCUGUUCUCAAACAGUUGGAUCCAAGAAGGUGUCUAGUGCUUGGGCCUGGGGGAGGGGAGGGUAUCAGAAGACUCCAGAAGCUCCCCCAGCCUCUACCCAGAUGGCCAGCUUUCUCAGGCUGUGCUCUGUCCAGGGAGUGCCUCCCUGUAGAGUCCCAGAGCCUGCCCUGCACACUGAUGCCAGUUCCUCUGUCCCCUGGCCAGGUUGGAGCUCAUGGCAUGGGCCCCCCCCUCCACUGGGGGAAGGAGGCAUCUUGUUUCUUGCCAUUCCCUGUAGGCCAGCCCUGUUUUCCCCCUCAGCCCACCCUGGGGAAUAGGGAGGGUGGGAGAGGAGAGGGAGGACCCUGAAAGAUUGGGAGCAUCUGGCCCCAAGAGGCUGUGCUGAGGCACCACGACCCUCAGGCCAGGGAACCAUCUGUGUCUGCCUCCCAGGCCCAUGCCCUUCUUCUGGAGCCCCCCGCGUCAAGGUGCAAGUUGUUAAGGCAGAUGCGCGCCCCCCCCCACCUGACCCCACUCAAGCCCCGACACCACAGGUGCCCUGGAGCCCAGGUGUGACUCAGCCUCCGUUAGCUGGGUGGAUGUCAUCAGCCCAGCCUCCCAGGCCAGAACCUGAGGAUGGGCCCAGGGUGCUGUGGAGAUCAAAAGAGCUAACCCCCUUCCCACACCCCAGCGACCCACAUUCCCUCUGUGAAAUCUACCUCAGAGUCGUACCCUCAGAAGGACGGGUAAGCAGGAGGCCAGGGGGUCCCCAGGGCUGAGGUGGGGAGCUUCCCAGGCAAGCGUCUGCUGCCCCACGAUGAGUCCACUAUCCUCCACUGCAAGCCUCUCCCGCGUCUCAGCCGGGGCGGGGGCAGUGGGCGCUGCGGUCAGUGCAUGUACCAUUCUGAUCCAACUCUCCCAGGCCCCCCACCUCCCACACCCUUCCCCUCCUCCUCAGCGCAGGGGAGGGAGGGGGUGUGUCGGGGUGGGGGGCAAGGGGCCGAGGACUGCAGGGACACAUGGCAUUGUACCUUGAGUGUCCCCCUAGGGAGGGGAAACAGGGAAGGGGGACUGGAAAGGGGAGGUGGGGCCCCUGAGCUCUCUGAACAAGUUGAAAGUCCAAAUAAAACUUAACCUGUUCCAUCU